AUGCAGUCUUUCAGACAUUCGGUCGCCUCGAUCCGGUGUUUCUCAACAACGUCCAGGGCUCUUGGCAAAAUCAAGGUCAAGGCUCCAAUAGUGGAGCUGGACGGUGAUGAAAUGACCAGAAUCAUCUGGGAUAUCAUCAAGAAAAAACUGAUUUUGCCCUACCUCGAUGUCGACCUCAAGUACUACGACUUGGGAAUUCUGUCCAGAGAUAAAACGAACGACCAGAUUACUAUCGACGCUGCCAAUGCCAUCAAGCAGUACGGAGUUGGUGUUAAGUGCGCCACUAUCACUCCUGACGAGGCUCGUGUCAAGGAAUUCGGACUGAAGAAGAUGUGGGUCUCGCCAAACGGAACCAUCAGAAACAUAUUGGGAGGAACUGUUUUCAGAGAGCCAAUUGUGAUUGGUGGGGAAGAUGGAGGCAUUGAAAUCCCACGCCUGGUGCCUGGUUGGCAACAGCCAAUCAUUAUUGGUAGACAUGCUCACGGUGACCAGUACAAAGCAACCGACCUGGUUAUUCCUGGAGCCGGCUCCUUGGAGCUUGUCUACACGCCUAAGGACGGUGGAGAGGUCCAGAAGUUUAAGGUGUUUGACUACAAGAGCUCAGGUGUUGGUCUUGCAAUGUACAAUACGGAUGAGAGCAUCCGAGGAUUCGCUCAUUCUUCUUUCAAGAUGGCACUGAAUAGAGGUCUCCCUCUGUACAUGUCUACGAAAAACACAAUUCUGAAGAAAUAUGACGGCAGAUUCAAAGAUAUCUUCCAGGAGAUUUAUGAAACCACGUAUAAAAAAGACUUUGAAUCAAAGGGUAUUUGGUAUGAGCACAGACUUAUCGAUGACAUGGUUGCCCAGAUGAUCAAAUCGAAGGGCGGAUUCGUUUUGGCUUUGAAGAACUAUGAUGGUGACGUUCAAUCUGACAUUGUCGCUCAAGGAUUUGGCUCUCUCGGUCUGAUGACAUCCGUCUUGAUGACUCCGGACGGAAAGGCUUUCGAGUCUGAAGCUGCUCACGGUACUGUUACUAGACACUUCAGACAGCAUCAACAAGGUAAGGAGACCUCCACCAACUCCAUUGCUUCCAUUUUCGCAUGGACAAGGGGUAUUGCUCAGAGAGGCAGAUUGGACGGCACUCCAGAAGUCGUGACUUUUGCAGAGACUUUGGAAAAAGCUGUGAUCGACACCGUUUCUCAAGACCAAAUCAUGACUAAGGACCUGGCUUUGCUGAUCAACAAGAAAGACUAUGUUUCCACCACUGGUUUCUUGGACGCUGUUGAGUCGAGACUCAAGAAAGCGCUUCCUUAA